ACACGAGGCGGGCCCGAAAGAAACCCUCCGAGAUAUCUUCCCCUUUCUCGGCUCCGUGUAUUUCUUUGAAAACCAGAGAAAUUCUCUCGCGGUUCGUCUUUGGAACGAAAUUGUAUAAGAAGAAUCCGAUUGCCUUUUAUUGGUGGAACAAGGUCGAGGAGACGAGGAGCAGAGAAAAAUGGCGAGUUGUGUGUGUUGCAGGCCUGUGAAUACGGCGAAACCGAUCGACGGCAGAGGAUUUGUUUCUACUAGAAUAGUGCCAAUCGGUGCGGGAUUUGCUGCGCCUCAUCUUUCGUUCAACGAUUCGAAGAUAUUGAGCCCUAGAAUUUGUGGCGUGCGAGCUUCUAUGGUGGAUUCGCACGGAAGCUCCGAUUUCGCCAAGAGAAUGGAGCAAGCAUGGGAGAUCUCUCAGCAACCGAGGCCUAUUGGCUGCUCUUCUUGCCACUCGAAUGGGCAUGUUGAAUGCAAAUGGUGUGCGGGAACAGGCUUCUUUAUUCUUGGAGAUAAUAUGCUAUGUCAAGUUCCUUCCAGAAACACUAGCUGUGUCAUCUGUGCGGGCAAGGGUUCCAUGGGUUGCUCAGACUGUAAGGGAACAGGUUACCGGGCUAAGUGGCUGGGAGAGCCCCCUGUCUCUAAAUAGCCCUCCUUGCCCCCGCAAGUUCAGCCAGAAUAGCAGACGCAGGUCUGUCAACCAUUAUUUUCCAUUAAAAUUCGUGAUGCCUCUACAUAUUUUUUAGGCUCAUAAGUCAUAACCAACGUCAAAUGCAAUUUUAGGUAUUGUAAUUUCAUAGUGAAAUGAAAAGAUCUCCCACCCUCCUUCACGGUCUUUGUUUA